AUGGAAAUCCAGAGAUUUGCUUGCAAGGUUCCAGGCUGCAAUAAGGAUUAUUGCAACCAAUUCAACCUAAAAAGACACUACGAAGGCCAACAUAUGGGUGUGAAGCGAUUCAGAUGUAAAAUUUGUAAAAAAUAUCUCUCAUCAAAACAAAAUUUAAAGGAGCAUCGGUUUAUGCAUACAGGGAUUAAGCCUUAUGCUUGCCCUUAUGAAGGUUGCGCUGAAAGUUUUAGACAAGGAAGUCAGCUUUCUUUACAUAAAAAAAUCCAUCAAGAAGUCAUAAGGCGCUUUCGAGGAAUCCCACAAGUUGAAACGAGCUUAAGCUUAUUAACGUCUGCACUGAUCAAGACAGAAAAAGAAGAGUUUGAGGAGAACAAUAUAAAGCUACUAAGUCAAGAAAUUGUGUUACCUUCGAUUACUUCUCCGCAAAUUGGAAUAACGCUUCCUUCGUGCGAAAAACAGCUUACAAUUAUGAGUUAA